GGCCGGGAGCUCCUUCGGCUUUUCCGGUUGUGCUGCUGUCGCUGUUGCUGCUGCUGCGGAGUCGUUGUAGCCAUGUCCGGGCGCGGGAAGCAGGGCGGCAAGGCGCGCGCCAAGGCCAAGUCGCGCUCGUCGCGGGCCGGGCUGCAGUUCCCCGUGGGCCGCGUGCACCGGCUGCUGCGCAAGGGCAACUACGCGGAGCGCGUGGGCGCCGGCGCGCCGGUGUACCUGGCGGCCGUGCUGGAGUACCUGACGGCCGAGAUCCUGGAGCUGGCGGGCAACGCGGCCCGCGACAACAAGAAGACGCGCAUCAUCCCCCGCCACCUGCAGCUGGCCAUCCGCAACGACGAGGAGCUCAACAAGCUGCUGGGCAAGGUGACGAUCGCGCAGGGUGGCGUGCUGCCUAACAUCCAGGCCGUGCUGCUGCCCAAGAAGACCGACAGCCACAAGGCGAAAGCCAAGUAAAUCCUUGUGAACAUCGGCAGCCUCCUUUGAUCUCUUAGAUGGACUUUGACAAAAACUUGGUUUUGCAACAGCAGAAUGGGAGAGGAAGGUGACAAUGGGAGCACUUAGCAGUUCUGACGGGACAGAUGUUCGGCGGGGCGCCGCCUGUCCCCCGCGGAGCCCGCUGAUGCCGCAUCCCCUCCCUCUCCACCACCCCCGCCCGUGCUUGAGGGAAGGAUUCCGUGCGCAGUUUGGAAUGGCGGGAUUCACUGCGCUCCCGGACUGACCAGCUGGCUCUGCGAUAAAACAACGAAUCAUAUUUGAA